AUGAUGCUAACCUUCUUCGUCUUUCCAUCCCCCAAAGUGUCUGAUACCGUGGUGGAGCCUUACAAUGCAACACUCUCAAUACACCAGCUUGUGGAGAAUGCUGAUGUGUGUAUGGUGCUUGACAAUGAAGCAUUAUACGAUAUAUGCUUCAGAACACUCAAGCUAACAACUCCUAGCUGCUAUGAAUAUUUGAUGGGACUGAUAAUUUUUACGCCUAUAGCUGUAUUGUCAUGGUUCCUAUUUGUUUCUGAGUUCCAAACAAGGUUGCUGUUCAACCAAGCAUUCAGUAGAGGUCUGCAAAUCUCGAUGAUUCUGGCCGGGAAGAAAGAUCGUGGCCAAAAUAUGGGAGACCUAUUGAGCAAUUGA